AUGGCGGCCCUGAAGGAAAUCGAGGAGUGCCAUCUGCAGGCGCUUGAAAAUGGAGAAGAUUCCUACCUCGAUCCGCGCACCGGCUACUCCGUGUUCACAUCGUGCUACCUCCUCUCCAGGCGCAAGUGCUGCGCCUCCAAGUGCAGGCACUGUCCUUACAAGCACGAGAAGGUGAAGGCGCACGAGUGCACCCCCGAGACAUGCCCGUUUCAGGUGGGUCCAUUCAGCAACGCUCUCCCAUCACCGGCCCCUCCAUCGACUGCAGGAUCAUGA